AUGAUUGGUGGGCCCAUGCGCGUUUCACAGUCUCAUCAUCGAGUAUCUGAAACCCCAUCUUGUUUCUUCACAUAUGAAGAUGAAUUCCUGCGGAGACUCAAGCCCUCCGAUGUCGCAUACACUCACGAGCAGUUGGAAAAAGUGGCUCUACCUGGAUCGGGCGAUUGGCUCCUGCACGAUGACAGGUUCGUUAGAUGGGUUUCUGUAGAUGGCGAGUCGAGCGGAAUUUUAUGGUGCCACGGUAAACCCGGCGCUGGAAAGACCGUGCUGGCGUCGAUCAUCAUCAGCGAACUCCGGCGGAGGUACGGCGAUGCUCAGGACAUCGCCACACCGUUCUUCUACUUCGCCUCGGACAUCCCAGAACGGAGCCAGCCGACGGCGGCCCUGCGCACGAUCCUCCACCAGAUGCUGAGCCAAUUGCCAAGGCACAGCAAAGACCACCUUUUGUCGCUCGCAAGAGAAUACGGCGAACGUGUGCCCAGGUUGAACUAUGCUCAGAUCAUCGAGGCCGCCUCGAAGCACUUUCGGCACACCUUCCUGGUCAUCGAUGCUCUGGACGAGUGCCAAUCGUUCGGCAAGCUGACGUCGACGUUGGCGAGCCUCGGCGGCACGCUCAAGCUCCUAGUGCUCAGUCGAGAGAACCACGAGCUUGCGCAGAGAUUCAUGCACGCCAUCCCGUUGCUCCCCGCCGUCAUCGACAAAGAAAUACAGAAGUUCGUCAGGCAGACGCUCGAGGACUACCAAACCUCGAAACGGCUGGUCGUCCGAGACCCCGCCCUGAUCUCCGAGAUCAGCGAAACGCUGUGCUCCAAGGCGGACGGAAUGUUCCUGUGGGUCGCGCUGCAGAUGAAGGCGAUCUGCCGCGAAAGAACAGACAGCGACAUCCGCGCGGCCCUUCUCGACCUCCCGAAGAACCUCGACGAGACGUACGUCCGCGCGCUCGACGCCAUCGACAAGCUCGGCCCGCGCCAGUCGCGGCGCGUGCGGCUGACGCUGUGGUGGCUCGUCGGCGCGAUGCGCCCGCUCGCGCUCGACGAGCUCGCCGAGGCCGUCGCGGUCGCGGACAUGGUCCACGGGUUCUGGGACGCGUCGGUCGUCGCGACAGAGCCGAGGACGCUGGUCGACGACUGCGCGAACCUGUGCACGCUCGCGCGCGCGUCCGGCGGCGCGCGCCCCGUCGUGCAGCUCGUGCACGCGUCGGUGCAGGAUUUUCUGCUCGCGGACGCGGCGACGUUCACGCGCUCGUUUCCGGCGUAUCAUAUCUCGGCGCAGAGGAUGCACUGGGAACUCGGGCGCCAUUGCUUUCGCUCGAUCCAGCUCGCGCAGAGCACCGAACGUCCCGCCUCGGCGGCGGCGGAUUUCCACAGCAUCCGGUUUGCAAAGUACGCGAUCGAGCACGUGUAUGCUCACCUGAAGCGCUCCCACCUGAAGGACGUGCUCGCUCUGUCCACCCACGCGUCCAUCAACCAACUGCACCACGCUCUGCUCGACGCGCAGUCGCCCCUGAAGGGCGCGCGCGACGGGACCGCCAGCCUCUCUGACCUCCGCCGGGCCUUCACGCGCGCGUACAAGAACGGAUUGGAGCGCUUCAACGUGCGCCACCACCAGAACCUCGCGCAGUCGCUCGACUGCAUCCUAGGGGCCAAGAGCGACCGCCCCGGGCUCCAUCCAGCGCUCGAAGACCCGCACAUCCUCGACCUCUCGGUCCUCCUCCACUUCUGCGCCUUGGACGACUCCGGCGUAGCCUCUCCUUCCCGCGCGCGGCACCGCCGCAAUCGGCGCCGGGACUCUCUCUCUCCCAGUCGCCCCAUCGUAUCUGAGCAAGAGAACGUCGCGAGGAACAUCCGCGCGGUGUGCUUGGAUAACUUGCGGCACGCGCUCGACUUGAUCGAGGUCGCGAAGGACGCGCGGCAGGCGCAUAAUCCUACUAAGCGGCCGUUGCGCGUCCUGAACGAGGCUCUGCGUGGACAUGAUACUCCUACCGCUGGGAUCUUGGAGAGGAUGGACGAAGACGCCCGCCGCGCGGUAGUCUGAAUUAUCAUGAGUUAUAUGUUUUACACAGGAUGGCGUAUUUAAUGUUCUAUGUAAUCGGGCUUUGCUUCUAACUUGUAUACUGGGGUGCACAAGCCGUACAGGGAGAUGCGAGCGGACGCGAGCCACUACUUUAAGACACUUGGGAGGACUGCAGAGUGGGUACUUUACAAAUUAUGAUUGAUUUGCUCUUCG